AACUGGCAAAGUGAUUCGAAGUAGAACUAGCGAAGAGGUUGGUAGCAUCAAGGAUGAAGCAUGAGCAUGAAUUGGAAUAUGAGGGAAGGUAGUGAAUCCGAAUGUUCAUUUCUAUUUUUAGCUCUUUUUUGCAUGGGUUCAUCCUUCCCGUGUGUUCACUAUCCCCGAAAAGACCAGCGAAAACCAGCGUGGUCGGGAGCUUGGGCAGAGACUCCAAUGUAAUUACAACUUGACCUGCUGACCCACAAACUGGUAACCUUAACCUUCACAACAAACACACAACACACAGCAAAAGUUUUAACCAUCAGAUAUAGAUAACAUGUGUAACAGACACGUCGCCCUUUUGCGUUACCUUGUUUGAUGCUGCUAAUCAACCUAUUUUUAUGGGACACAAUAUAUCUACAUCACGAAUGGUCAUGACGAGUCUUUGAAGACUAAACAGCUUUAAAAGGAGUUUGCCAGAUUUUUUUUAAAUAAGUGAAGCAAGAUAAUCGGUUAUCUUGUCUGAGUAACCAUAAUACUAGUAUUGAAAUUGUAUCAGUUAAUAUCAGGUAUGCAUCGUCCUUCGGUGGUGCUCUUUUAUGGUAUGUUUAUCACAAGCAUUAGGUUUAAGAAGUCAGUUGAAUAAUCAGAUAAGCAGUCUGCUUACCAUUACACCAGAUAACAGUGAUAUUAUUUCUGUAUCACAUCAGAAUAUUACAGUAGCUCUUUUGACAUCCACCAUACAGUUGUUCUAUGAUUCAGUAAAGUGUACUGCCAGUGCCCGUAUCAUUGCAGCGUUUAGGUAGCAAUACACAUGGAAAAUAAAAGAUUUUGGAAUAGCCAGAUUUGGACAGUGUUUACACUGUUUCUAGCCGAAUUUUUCGGUACUGCGAUGUUGCUUUUUGGUGGUUGCAUGGCUGGCAUAGACGGCUUUGAUAACGUCACGUCAAACAUAAGUCGUGGAAUUACCUUUGGAAUGGUUGUUAUGAUGGCGUUUAUAACAUUUAGCGCCACUUCAGGUGCAAUUAUUAAUCCGGUUGUGUCACUAGCAGCUUACAUCUAUGGUACAUUAUCUUUACAGUUAACGCUUUUAUAUUGUGGCUCAAUUCGCCGGGGCACUAUGUGGUUACGGACUAUUAAGAGCAGUCACACCGUGGCAAUAUUACCAACAAGCGCUGGAGCACGGAAACGCCCACUGCGUUACAGUCCCUCAUCAAAGCCUAUCUUCUGGAAUGGCCCUUGCAGUGGAGAUAUUACUAACGGGCAUGUUAGUGUGGACGAAUUGUGGCGUCUGGGAUCCGCGCAAUAAGAAGGACAGUGAUUCAGUUCCAGUUAAAUUUGCAUUUCUCAUUGCGGGGCUUUCAAUUGCCGGCGGGCCUAUUACCGGUGCCAGUAUGAAUCCC